AUGGAUCAGGGACAAUUCAAUCAUCAUCUGAAGGAUCAGGAACAACUGGAUUGUCACGUACAACUGGAUGGUCAGUGGGAGCUACCACAGGUGCAGGCUGGGGAAGCACAGCUGGAGCUUCAGCUUCGGGCCUCACCACUGCUGGGAACCAAGCAGGCAAGGCUCACCUGGGUGUUUUGCACAACUGAAGAACAAUAUGGAGAAACCACUGAAACAAGUGAAAACACGACUAGAUUAAUCACACCUGGAAAAUCAGGUUCCACAGAAGCCAUCCCUGGCUCAACAAUUGCAGCAGGAAAUUUCACUACUGAGCCCCAGAAAAAGCCUGAAGUAACAGCGGCCGUAACUUCUGCAGAAGUCACUGGCACCACUGGAGGUGGAUUCAGAGGAGGCACCACUGGAGUAGUCCCCAGCACAACUGUUGCCCCUGGCAGUUCCAACACAGACGCCACAACUUUCCUAGGAGGAAGUGAAACAACCAGAGUUGAAAUAGCCACAGAGGCCACAAUUUCCACUGGAGGAAGUGGGACCACCCAAGUGGAACUUCUAAGAGGUACCACUGUGAUUUCCCCUAGAGCCAGUAGCAGUUCACAGAGUUCCAAGCCAGGCACCUCUGUUGCACCAGGGAGCCCAGGGUCUGGAAGUGAAUCAGGUACUACAGGAGAAUUCUCUAGGACAACCAUUAUCUUUGGGAGUUCCUACACAGAGGCCACAACUUUAACCAAAGGCAGUGGCACUCCUGGAACUGGAUCCAGACCCGGCACCGCUGGGGUAACCCCCAGUACGACUGUUGCCCCUAGCAGUUUCAACACAGGCACAACCGAGGGCAUCUCUGGCAAAGCUCUGAAACCUGGGAGUGCCAACACAGAAGCCACAACUUCCACAAGAGGCAGCAGGACCACCCAAGGAGGAUUGCCAGGAGGUACCACUGGAGAGUUCUAUGCAACAACCAUUUCAUCUGUCAGUUCCAGUGCGAAGGCCACAACUUCCACAAAAGAGACUGGAACUGGAGCCCAAACAGAAGCCCAGACCACUGUACUGGGGAGCCAGGUCUCUGGCAGUCAAACAGGUACCAGUGGAGUAGUCUCUGGCGCAACUAUUGCACCUGGAAGUUCUAACACUGGAACUACCUCUGGAGUAUCAGACCAUCGAGUCACUGGAAGUAAAACAGGUACCACUGGUGUAGCUUCAAGUACAACUGUUGCACCUGGAAGUUCCAGUACAGGUACCACUAGGGUAGCUUUUGGCCCUACAGUUGAACCUGAGACUUCAAGCACAGUAGCUACAGUGCUCUCUGGAGCCAGUAGAACCACAGGAAGGAAUACAGGAACUACUAGAGUGGCCCCUGGCAGUACCAUCUCACCUGGAAGUUCCAACACAGGAGCCACCACAGGCACAUCUGGAAGGCCAAGCUCUGGAAGUGAAACAGGCAGCACUGGUGUAGUCUCUGGCACAACAGUUGCAUCUGGAAGUUUCAACACAGGGGCCACAACUUCUUUGGAAAGUGGUGGAACCACUAAGGGUGGAAUUAAAAUAGUUACCGCUGGAGUAACUACUGGCACAACCAUCGCACCUGGGAGUUCCAAAACAAAGGCUACAACUUCUACGGAAAUAAGAGCUACCACUGGAGUUAGAAUAGCAACUGACGAUAUUACUUCAGGGUCAACUGGAGUUUCCAGGGGCCCAGAAAAUUCCAGUCCUGGUACUAUUGGGAUAGGCUCUGGUAUUACAUCCUCACCUGGAGAUUUCAAAACAAGUAAGUCAACUUUUAAAGAAGGUGUUGGAACAACCAAAGCAGGAAUUUCAUCAGGCAAUACCACAGGAUCAGUGGGAGUCACCAGUAGCCAAGCAGGAACCUCCAAGGAAGCAUCUGAAACAACUAUUGCUCCUGGAAUUUCUACCACAGGCUCCACCUCAGUAUCAAAUGGAAUGACAAGAAGCCCGGAAGUAUCCUACCCAGAAACCACUGGAGCAGCAACAGGAAAUCAAGAAACUGAAAAUAAGACAGGAUGUCCAGCACCUCUCCCACCACCUCCGGUUUGCCAUGGUCCACUGGGAGAAGAGAAAUCUCCUGGAGACAUUUGGACUGCCAAUUGCCACCGAUGCACCUGUACUGACGCAAACACUGUAGACUGUGAACUCCAGGAGUGCCCUUCUCCACCCACAUGCAAAACUGGAGAGAGGCUUGUAAAGUUCAAAGCUAAUGAUACCUGCUGUGAAAUCGGAUACUGUGAACCAAGAACAUGUUUAUUUAACAAUACUGACUAUGAGAUUGGUGAUUCAUUUGAUGACCCCAACAACCCAUGCAUCUCCUACUCCUGCAAUGACACUGGUUUCGUUGCAGUGGUCCAAGACUGCCCAAAGCAGACCUGGUGUGCAGAAGAAGACAGAGUCUAUGAUUCAAAAAAAUGUUGCUAUACAUGUAAAACUAAUUGCAGAUCUUCACUUGUGAAUGUGACUCUUAAAUACAAUGAUUGCAAGAAAAGAGUCGAGAUGGCAAGAUGCAGAGGGGAAUGCAAAAAGACUGUCAAGUACAAUUAUGAUAUCUUGGAAAAUUCAUGCCUCUGCUGCCGAGAAGAAGACUACGAAUUCAGAGACAUUGUUCUUGACUGUCCUGAUGGCAGUACGAUACCUUACAGAUACAGGCACAUCACAACGUGUGCUUGCUUAGACAUGUGCCAACAAUCUAUGACCACAGUGGCCAGUUAAUGUUAACAUUACCUUUCCAGUUAUAACGCGCCAAGUAUUUAUUUUAUAAGCGAACAAAAAUAAUCACUCGAUAGUGAGAGUAACUAAACAGUUGUAUCUCCCUCAAAAAGUGAGUUCUCAUUAUGAGGCAUUUUGUUCUCUUGU